AUGGCUGGCAAGAAUACAGAGAUCGAGUCUCCAAAGAAGGUGGAUGUGACUCCUAAAUCUGCUCAGUCUCACAAGCGCAAGAGAGAUCACCAUGGCUCUCAACCUGCAACUACUCCUACGCCAACGAAGAAGCACAAGAAACGCGAAAGCUUGCCGAUUGCAGAAGUCGCAGACGAUGGAAGCACCAAGAAGCGCAAACGCCUCAAAAAUGCGCCUCAAGGAUCGAAUUCCCCGGAAACGUCCCGGAAGGAAAGUACUCUCUCGCCAAACCGCAGCCAAGCGGCUGUUGCAGACUCGCAUAACGCAGUCCACGAGACGACAAGGAAAUCGACAAAGGACAAACGAAAGAGCACUGGAAAGGAUGACGAAUCGGAUGAUUCGGCUACAUCUGUAAUUCAAGAACAAGUUGAUGAAGAUGUUGAAGCGCCAGAAGCCGAAAAAAGCAAAUCGAAAAACAAGCAUUCGGGGAUCAUGUCGAAAUUCGAGCGCACUAAAACAGUUUCCAGUGCGAAAGCUAAGAAAACGGAACCUAAGACCGUCAAAGAUGACACACCCGUCGUGGAAGCUGUCUACGCACAGGGUCUUGAACGGCUCCCUCAGCCCGAGAACCCACCCGAGCCAGAGCAACUCCCAACAUAUUCAUCUCUACCCGCCUGGCUGGCUAACCCGUUGCGCAAAUCCGCCCACGACACGCAGAAGUUUUCCGAGCUUGGAAUUAAGCCCGAUCUUCUCAAGGUAUUGGAACAACAGAACUACAAAGAAGCUUUUGCUGUUCAGUCAACUGUGAUUCCCCUCCUUUUGCAAGGAGAAAAGAACCACCCCGGAGAUCUUUGUAUCUCUGCAGCGACCGGGUCUGGAAAAACCCUUUCCUACGUUCUCCCACUUGUCACUGCUCUACCACCGAGACCUGCCUCCAGACUUAGAGGUUUGAUUGUAGUUCCCACACGAGAGCUGGUGAAACAAGCUCGCGAAUCUUGUGAACUUUGUGCUUCUGGAUCCCGGCUUCAUAUUGGAAGUGCGGUCGGUAAUGUGGCUAUCAAAGACGAGCAAAAACUAUUGAUGCGUGGGGAUCAGGUAUACAAUCCAGCUAUUCAACAGCAACAGUGUGAUGGGCUGGAGGGAAAUGACUGGAUGAAUUUGAGCCUAGAGGAUUGUGUUAGCGAGGCACUCGACUCUAAUGGAUCUCUUCCUGGUCACAUCCAACGAUGCGAGCCUAAUGUCGACAUCCUCAUCUGCACUCCUGGUCGGCUGGUGGACCACAUUCGCUACACCAAGGGGUUUACUCUCAAAUAUCUUGAGUGGUUGGUGAUUGACGAAGCUGAUCGUCUCCUGAACGAAAGUUUUCAAGAGUGGGUUGACGUGGUCAUGAAUUCUUUGAACAGUCGACAAGCUCCCGAGACCUUCGGACCUGGUGGCGAGCUUCUGUCCAAACUUGGACUUGCGAUUGAUGCCAAGCCUCCUAGAAAGGUGAUAUUGAGUGCAACAAUGACUCGUGAUAUCUCUAAACUCAACUCCUUACGCCUUGCCAAUCCCAAGAUGGUUAUCAUCGGUUCUGAGGAUGCGGCCAUUGAAGAAGAUCCCUCUGCUAUUCAUCCAGAUGCUCACUUCGCACUGCCCCCAACUCUUUCCGAGCACAUUGUUCAAGUCGGGGACGGAUCUCUCAAGCCACUCUAUCUAUUGCGUCUUCUUCUGUCUCACAUUGAAAUCAGUGGAGAUCGAGCUCCUGCCGUGUCUGAUUCAUCCGACUCCAGCAGCUCUAGCUCAGACGACGACUCGAGCAGCGACGACGACACUAGUUCCGAUGAUGAUACUAGCUCUGAUGACGACACUUCGUCUUCUGGUUCGGACUCGGACUCAGACUCAGACUCGGACUCAGACUCAGACUCGGACUCAGACUCUUCAUCUGAUAGUUCUGGUUCUUCAGACUCAUCUGAUUCUGACUCCGAUACUACGGAUCUUGUUCCCGAGCCAUCGCGCAAGACCGUUCUGAUUUUCACCAAGUCAUCCGAGUCUGCAUCCCGACUUUCACGCCUCAUCUCGCUUCUGCACCCUCCAUUGGCCAAGCGCAUGGGAACCAUCAUCAAAUCCAACAAAUCCUCCGCAUCUCGUAAAACAUUGACAGCGUAUCGACAUGGUCGCAUCUCAGUCAUUGUGGCUACUGAUCGUGCUUCUCGUGGUCUUGAUUUGCAAUCUUUGACUCAUGUCAUCAACUACGAUAUCCCAACGAGUAUCACUACCUACGUUCACCGAGUUGGACGUACUGCCCGCGCCGGCCGUGAAGGCUCUGCUUGGAAUCUAGUCGCUCAUCGCGAGGGCCGCUGGUUUGCCAACGAGAUCGCAGCCAGUGUGGAUGGCCGAAUUACACGUACAUCUAACAUCGAUCGCAUCCAGAUCAAGGCUGAUGCACUGGACUCACUUAAGCCCAGAUACGCGAAGGCUCUGGAUAAGCUUGAGCAAGAGGUCAAGCGUGGAUAG